UUAAACAUGAAAUUCGUAGCAGCAUUUGUGUUGGUAGCAGUUUUGGCCAUUUCGUUGCCAAUACGGGAAGUUAGCGCCAGGAGUGCGUUGAGUGAAUUGAGCAAUCUUGGUCUUGAGAUUGGACAAGAUGCCUCCAUCUUUGGCGACUCUUUGGGCCAGGAGGGUACACAGUUUGGACAAGAGAUUUCGAAUAGUGCCAUUGCCUUUGGACAUGCAGUUUCCCAAGAGGCGGAAACUUUAGCUGGCGAGGAAAUCGCUGCAGCUUUGAAAAACGCCUCAGCCAAGAAAACAAUUAAAACUCCAAAGACAACGUCCCUGGUGUCCACCAGUGUGGCAGACUCAGCUUUAACUGGUGCCGGCAAGGUGGCCGAUACAGCUAUCGAUGGAGCUCAAAAGGUUGCCGAUACCGCCAUCGAUGGGGCUCAAAGCGUAAUUAGUUCUAUCUUUGGUGAUGACUCCUCGACCAGUGUGGAUAAGACAGCAGCAAGUGCUGCCAAGGAUGUGGCUAGUUCUGUUGGCGAAUUGGCUAAUGAAAUUUAUGGCUCAGCAUCGGAUGCGGCCAGCCAAAUUGCUUCGGCGGCGGCUAGCAACUCCAGUGAUUCCUCAUCGGCUAGUGUGGCCCAAACGGCGGCAAGUGUGGGCCGGGAUAUUUCAAAGACGGCCAAUGCUAUGGGUCGCCAUGUUUCCAAUACUGCCAACAGCAUGGCAAAUACAGUUGCCUCGGAGGCCACAUCAAGCGGUACGACCAAGACCUUGCUUAAGGUUGGUUCCAGUGUAGCAAGCAGUGCCACUAGUGCUGCUGAUAAAGUAGCUUCCGAUGCUACAAAGGCGGCUAGUCAAACUGUCGAUUCUGCCACAAAAGUUGCUUCAAGUGCUGUGAGUUGUGCCGGUACAGUUGCCUCCGAUGCUUCGAAGGUGGCAAGCAGUGCCGCCAGUGCUGCAGGUACAGUUGCCUCUGAUGCUGCCAGUGCCGCUGGUACAGUUGCCUCUGACGCUUCCAAAGUAGCAAGCAGUGCCGCUAGUGCUGCAGGUACAGUUGCCUCUGAUGCUGCCAGUGCUGCUGGCAAAGCAGCUUCAACUGCCGUCAGUACUGCCGAUAAAGUAGCAAGCAGUGCCGCUAGUACCGCAGGUAAAGUUGCAUCCGAUGCCACCAGUGCCGCUGGUACAGUUGCUUCUGAUGCUUCUAAGGUUGCAAGCAGUGCCGCAAGUGCCGCCGGCACAGUUGCAUCAAACGCUGCUAGUGCUGCUGGUACAGUUGCCUCCGAUGCUGCCAGCACCGCCGGUAAAGUAGCUUCUGCUGCUGCCGAUGCUGCUAGUACUGUCGUCUCAACUGCUUCAAAUGUUGCCAGCAAUGUGGCCAAUGCCGCAACAAAUGUGGCCAGCGGUGCCGUCAAUGCUGCCGAUAAUGUGGCCCACGAUGCCGUCAAGGCUGCCAACACUAUUGCCAACGAUGCCACCAAUGCAGCCAAUGCCAUUGCCAAUUUGUUCUAAUCAAAUCCACAAAUUGGUUCAACAAAAAAACAACAUAAUAAUCCCGACAUAUUACAAAAAAUACCAAAAAAUGAAAAAAAAAAAAGUAAUAAAUUAAACCGAAACAAUUCCGAGUGUCGACUUGGUGUAUAACCUUGCAGUUACAUAA